ACUUAUGGCUGCGACCGCGGAAUGUAAAUAAACUUUUUCCCGGUGUUUUUUUCUUGAAUUGAUUGGUCAAUAAAAUUCCUCGAUAAAAAUACGAGGGUUCUGCUUCAUUUUUACAGCAUCAUCCGAUUGCCUCCCACCCCUUUUUAGGUGUGAUUCACACCUAUAUAACGGCUGUCCCCCCCGCACAGCCCACCGAUUUAUCUCGUUUGAUUAGCACAAUCAACGCGCGGAAAAGAUAACUGUAAAGGAGUCCCUAGGCACCAUCGCGCAGCGGACGGAACGUCGACUGAGAUGUUGUCCGAGCUGUUCGAUGGGUCAUCCGGAACGGGCGGUUCGUUGCGGCGCGCCUUGCUAGUGGCCGCUGGUGUCGGGCUCGUGACGGCCUCCGGGUACGCUGUGUACCGGUUGCUACAGCAGCGGCGUGCCCGCCGGCCACCGACCGAGUGGCACCGGGUUGGCGAGGUGUCCGCCCUGUGGAUCUACCCGAUCAAAUCGUGUGGCGCGGUGCGAGUGGGCCAGUUCGAUUGCACCGAGAUUGGACCGGGCGUUGGCUUGCUACGGGAUCGCAUCUUUAUGGUUGUGAACAGUGCGGACGGUCGGUUCAUCACUGGUCGGUCCCAUCCAACGCUGGUGCUAGUGCAACCGUCGUUCGAUGAGCCCGGUCACGAGCGCAUGCGACUAUCCGCCCCUGGCAUGCUUGACGUCGAUGUAGACGUGCGUCGACUGCUGGAGGUCGGUCAGCACGAGUCGGCCACGGUCUGGGACCAACCGGUGACGGCUAUCGACUGUGGCGAGGAGGUAGCCCGCUGGCUGUCGCGUUUCCUGCUGCAGGAGGAUACCGGGCUGCGGCUGGUGCUGUACCCGUACGAUCGGCCGACGCGUCCGGUGCGGCCAAAGAACCGCAUCCACCAAAUGCUGACGGCGCGCGAUUCGGGCGCUCUGCACGAUGCUACCAGCUACAUGCUCCUGUCCGAGGCGUCCGUCGCCGAUGUGAACGGGCGGCUCGAGCUGCCACCCAUCCAGGCGCUCCAAUACCGCGCCAACAUUCUCGUGAAGGGACCGGGUGCCUUCGAGGAGGACGAUUGGCGAUGGAUCCGCAUCGGUGAUACCGUGUACGAGAACGUUAAACCUUGCACCAGAUGUCUCUUUACGAACGUCGACCCGGAGACGGGUGUGAGCAGCCCAGUGCAGGAACCGCUGAACACGCUGCGCAAGUACCGCACGAAACCAGGCCUCGGUGCAUCCCCGGUGGUCGGUAUGCAGAUGGGGGUGCGCCUGACCGGCAAGAUCGCCGUUGGCGAGGCCGUCUACGUUGGCUGAACCAGCUAAAAUUAGGUGCUAGGAGCAAUUUCCGUUGCUUUCCAGCUCCAUU